UGUGUGACGGGCAGGUGGCCUGACCAAUCAGCUGGGAUGUCUGCUCGGGUGAGGCCUGUGGACCCACCCACUUUUCACUUGGAGGGGGUGGAGCAGGUUGCCAUGGCCACAGAGGACAUUAUAGAAAAGAAGCACCCAGAUUUCUUCAACACCAACACCAACAAUAACAAUGAAGAAGAGGAAAAAAAGAAGAAAAAGAAAGAAAAAAAGGAGAAGAAAGAUGUAUUUUACAAGCUUUUUUCUAAUCUUACUCCUCAGAACAGAGACGUGUCCGUACUGAACACUGAGCGUGUUGAAAUCUUGGUUUGUUUGUGCUCGUCUGCAGGAUAUCUGGAACAUGGGCUCCUGGUGAAAGACGAGAAGAAGCUUCGUGAUCGCUACAUGCAGAGCGUCCAGUUCAAGCUGGACCUGGCCUCUAUGGUUCCGACCGACAUCUUCUACUUCUACUUCGGUCUGAACUACCCCGAGAUUCGCAUGAACAAGCUACUCAGGGUCAACCGCUUGUUCGAGUUUUUCCAGCGCACCGAAACACGGACUAACUUUCCGAACGUGUUCCGAAUCUCCAACCUGCGCGGCAUGACGGACAAUCUUCUGGAUUUAGAGCUGGCCAAGCAGGGUCCCGAUCCCAAAGACAUGGAGGAAAAGGUCUUCAAGGUCGGCAGCGUGCUGGAUGUCCUUCAGACGCGCUUCGCCCGACUGUUAGCCGAACACGAAGCCGCACAAGGCAAACUGAAGAAGCGUGUGACUAAAUUAGAAAAGAAGAUCACAGACUCCAGCGGAGCGGCUCUCUCCGAGAUGCUGGACCCGGAACUGGCGACUGCAGAGAAGAAAGAAGAGAAGGAAUGAGAUGAAAGCUGCAGAUAAACCU